UGUUCCAGUGAGUCCCUAGACAAUAAGCUAUGGGAGAAGAGCUGGUUGUGUGAGGUCAAGAAUUUGUGAGAAGGACCACAGUUAUUAUUCUGAGGAGGAAUAUUCAGCAUCAGUCCAUUUUAUUAGUUCCUUUAACAGCUGCCCAGAUGUAUUGGAUUUAACAGAUUUACUGAUUCCAUGACAGGAUUUGACCAACAUAGAAGACACUAAUGAUCUUCAUUUCUGCCAAAAUGCUACAUUUGUUUUUUUAUUUGUCAAUCGGUCUACUGAGUCUACCGCUGCUUACAGAAUGUGAAAAAGUUAAGCUGGUGGGGCCCUCCCGAUGCUCUGGUAGAGUGGAGGUCUACCACAGAGACACUUGGGGAACGGUGUGUGACGAUCACUGGAGCAUUGCCAACGCUGACGUGGUAUGUCGAGAGUUAAAGUGUGGGACAGUUCUUGAGGCCAAAAAAAGCGCCUUCUUUGGAGAGGGAAAGGAAAAUAUCUGGUUAGAUGAUGUGGAGUGUACUGGGCGUGAGUCUUCCAUCUUCGACUGUCAGCACAGACCACUCGGAGACAAUAACUGUGGUCACAGCGAAGAUGCUGGUGUUGUCUGUUCAGAACAUGUGAAGCUGGUCAAUGGAAGCAAUCGGUGUAACGGCAGGCUGGAAGUCUACCAUGAUGGCCACUGGAAAAGAGUGUGUAGCAGUGACUGGGGUGAGGAGGAAGCCGAAGUGAUCUGCCGAGAGAUUAACUGUGGUACCCCUGUCAUUAAGGCUGAAGUGCCAUAUUUUGGAGAGGGUCGUGAGAUGGUUGGAGUCAAAACCAACUGUUUUGGAAAUGAGAGCUCUCUUUCAAAGUGCACACUUCAAGAAUUCAAGGAAAGCUGUACUGAUGCUACUGUAAUUUGUGCAAACAGUAAACCGAUUCGGCUGAUGAAUGGGACAAAUCGAUGCUCUGGCCGAGUGGAAGUCUACCAUGAUGGACAGUGGGGAACAGUUUGUGAUGACAGAUGGGGGAUGCAGGAAGCAGCCGUUGCAUGCCGAGAGAUGAACUGUGGGGUGCCUCUGUCAGUCAAGUACAAGGCCCACUUUGGCAGAGGCCAUGAUCAGGUUUGGAUGGACGAUGUUGAGUGUACUGGUCAUGAGAAGUCCCUUGCUGAAUGCCCACACAGAGGGUUUGGAGAACAUGACUGUGACCACCAUGAAGAUGCCGGUCUUGUAUGCUCAGAGACAAUCCGAUUGAUCAAUGGGACUGACCGCUGCUCAGGUAGUUUGCAGGUCUUCCAUGAUGGCCAAUGGGGAAAAGUUUGUGAUAGUAGCUGGAGCCUGAAAGACACUGCAAUGGUGUGUAGGGAACUCAGUUGUGGAGAUCCUAAAAAACCCAGAGAUAGUCCCGAUUUUGGUGACAGCAGUGGACUGAGAGGGUUCACAAGUACAUGCUCUGGCAAUGUGAGCUCUAUCGCCCAGUGCGCACUUCAUGUAAACCAAGGGAGAUGUAGAGGGGUUUCUAUUUCAUGUGCAGGUAAUCCACCAUUGAGGCUUGCCAAUGGCACUGGCCGAUGCUCUGGCAGAGUGGAGAUUCUGCAUGAUGGCCAGUGGGGAACGGUGUGUGAUGAUGAGUGGGACAUCAGAGAUGCUCAGGUGGUGUGCAGAGCUAUCGACUGUGGAACAGCACAGACAUCCAAAUCUAGUGCCUUCUUUGGUCAAGGCCAAGGACCCAUUUGGCUGGAUGAUGUUGACUGUUCUGGUAAUGAGACUUCCCUUUUGCACUGCCGACGCCCUUCCUUUGGAGAAAAUAACUGUGGCCAUGGCGAAGAUGCCAGCGUGAUAUGUUCAGCUACUAUUAGACUGAUAAAUGGGACUGACCAGUGCUCAGGCAGGGUGGAGUUCUACCAUGGUGGCCAGUGGGCUACAGCAUAUAAUGUUAACUGGGGAAUGAAUGAAGCUACAGUGGUGUGCAGAGAGAUGAACUGUGGAGAUCCUGUUAAGGUCUCAGGGUCAUUUGGUCAAAGUGGAGAAAUGAGAGGGUAUAAAAUCAGUUGCGGUGGUAGAGAGAGCUCUCUCACACAGUGCACACUGAGAGAAUAUGUCAGGACCAGCCAUGAUACUAUCGAAGAGGCAUCUGUUGUAUGUUCAGGUAAUGCAAAGUUGGCCGAUGGGCACAAUAAAUGUGUUGGAAGAGUGGAGUUUUUUGACAAAGGCCAGUGGGGGAAUGUGUGUGGGGAAUCCUGGGACAUGAAUGAUGCAACAGUGGUGUGCAGACAGCUGAACUGCGGGAGGGCACAUACAAUCACCACCAUGGCUGAGUAUGGCCAUGGCACAGGGCAGACCUGGAUUGAACGGAUUGAAUGCAACGGAUUGGAGUCCUCACUGACUCAGUGCUCACAAGGACCAUUUAGAGACAAAACCUGCAACAUCACUUCAGUUGCUGGUGUUGUCUGCACAGGAAGUUUGGAGGUCCGGUUGGCUAAUGGUAAUGAUGAGUGCUCUGGUAGAGUAGAGGUCCGUCAUGGCGAGACGUGGCAAACUGUGUGUGACACUGAUUGGACCCUGAGUAAAGCUGAGGUGGUGUGUGAGCUGCUGGAGUGUGGACGAGCUGUUAACAAUCCCGGUGGUGCCCAUUUUGGCCAAGGCAGUGGGGCAGUAGUGAUGGCUAGUGAUUCAUGUUUUUCCAACGUGUCAUCUGUUCAGCAAUGCUCAGUCAAAGGUUUCAGAGCAGCGACAUGUGGCCAUGAACAUGACGCUGGUGCUGUCUGUGCAGCACAGCUUCGGUUGGUCAGUGGCUCAAAUCAAUGCUCCGGUAGAGUGGAGCUUCUCUAUAAAGGCCAGUGGGGAACUGUAUGUGAUGAUGAGUGGGGAAUAAGUAAUGCUGAUGUGGUAUGUAGACAGCUUGGCUGUGGUCAUGCGGUUGCCGCUCCUACAAGUGCCCACUUUGGUAGAGGUACUGGUCCAAUAUGGCUGGAUAAUGUGGACUGUACAGGCCAAGAGUCUGCCCUCACACAUUGCACGCAUGCCGGUUUGGGAGAAAAUAACUGUGGGCAUGGUGAAGAUGCUGGUGUUAUCUGUUUAGGUGCUUUACAGAAGCCCCAAAUCACUGUGAGUCCUGGUCCAGAGGUAAACUGGGGUGAAAGAGUCGAAAUCACCUGCACUGUGGUAACAGAGCACUUGGGUGGUACAUUUAUCUUAAAAAAGAACCAAGGAUCAUUUAAAAUGGAAAAAUACUCUGAAAAUGAAGCUGCAACCUUUGUCUUCCCUAAAGUGGACUUUAUCCAAAAGGGGUCAUACUUCUGUGAAUAUCAAAAGAAAUUGCCGAAUCAAAUCAUCUAUUUUCCUCAAGGAAAUAUAGCUGAGCUCACUGUCACAGUGAAAUUGGAGAAGCCAAGCAUCUCCAUGACAUCUCCUCAUGCGAUGGUGAUUUACCGCCCUGACAAAAUAUCAGUCCCCGAGGGCAGCAGCUUCUCCAUCACAUGCUCUAUUCAUUCCACAUAUCCUGAUGGUUACUUCUAUCUGACAAAGUCUAAUGAGAAUGUCACUGAAGCAAAGUCAGCGUUUGGCCACUCAAUCUUCUAUUUGGCAUACUUUGAAUUCCCUGAAAUAGAGUAUAACCAACAAGGAGAGUAUAGCUGUGUCUAUGGUGUUAACAUUUCCACGAUGUCCUUCAGUUCUGUUCCCUCGAAGUCACUCCAAGUCAAUGUUGUUGGUGCAGCCUCAUCCUCUUCAGUCGUCUCAGGAGUUGUGGGUGGGCUAGUGCUGUUGCUAGUCCUGCUGGUUAUGGGUUACCUGGUCUGGAGAAGAAGAGGGCGGAAUUCUGGAACCAUGGUUACGUUUAGUAACAGGUUUGGAGGAGCAAUCAGACAAGGUAUGGAAGACAGAGGCAAUGGAGCACUCGAUGGAAGGAACCGUAACACCCAAGUGAAUGAGCGUGGACAAAGUCACACUUCGGAGGACAAGAUUGCUGAUCUUGACUCUGAUAACACCGUUGAGAGGGUCCCCGAAGACCUGGCUGGGAGAGUGUGUUACGAGCUUGAACCACUCGUUCUCUCGUGAUAUAAAAAUAAUCCAAGGAAUUCCUUAUGUCAUGUGAUUUCACUAAAUUUGAAGAGUAAUGUAAAACCAUGCUGAAAAACAAUGAAUGUUUCAAGUCUGUUGCACCCGUGACCACACCCAGUAGUGAUACUGCCACACCCUGAAGUACAUUUCUACAUUACUGCAGCAGAGAUGAAGCAAUUGGAGGCCAGCAAAAAUAAGAUUCUCAGUUGGUGUUAUGUUGCUCUUUAAGGUAGAUCAUAGGAGCAAUAGAUAUGUGUGUUGUGUUUUUACACCUCUUUUUAAGUAAACCAAUAAUUCAUAAAUCUAGCAACUUCAUAUUUCCUCAUAUAGAUGCUGUGUUAUUUGCUUUAAAAGAUUUAGGAAAAUAAACUUUGCAAAAAAUUAAAAUGUGAUUUUAAACGUUUCCAUAACAAAGAUAUAUAAUAUGAUGCUUGAGUAAACAGGCAUCACAUUUUUCUCUUGUUAAUGUUUGAUUCUUUUCAUACUCUUUUAAACGUUCUGAAUGUUACCUGUGGUGUAUUUUCUGUGAGAUUCUGCCAAUCAAAAAGCUAAUUCUGCAGAUCAAAGAUAUUGAUCAUGGAUAGCACAUUUGCUUUGCUUUUUACAUUGUCUUUAUAUUGCAUAAUAAUUUGCUUGUUUUCAGUGUAUGUGAAUGCUGAUCAAUAAAUCUGGAUUUCUUACAACACA